GUGCCAUUCGGAGGGAGGGCGGCGGAGGAGCAGGAGGUGUCGGUAGUGGUAGAAGCGGCGCCGCAGGUGCGGAAGCGCCCCCAUCGCGUGAGCCGCCAGGCAGAAGCGCUCCCUCCAUCACUCCCCCUCGGCAGCUGCGUUGUAUGGACAAUGUAAGCCGCGAAGAGCUGAGCUGCCGGGGCGGGCAGCGAUGGCCGCAGCCCGGCGGUAACCGCAGCGCGGAACGCUCCGGAGCUCGCCUCGUUCGGCCCCGUCCCCUUUUUUGCCAGGGGGCGUGUGAGCGCCUGAGGGAAGCCGUCCUUGUUUCUUUCUCGCCUUCCAGCCGCCGCCGCCGCCCGCCAUGUCCAGCUCCUCCUCGCAGACCCCUCCUCACCACCAGCCCCCACCGAGGAUGCGCCGCGGCGCUACCGCCUCCCCCACCAGCGGCGGCGCCUCCGGAGCCCCCGUCAGUAGUAACGGGGCCGGGGCUGUUGGUGGCGGAGGCGGAGGAGGAAUAGGAAGCGGCGGCGCCCCCGGCGGCAGCGCUGGGACUAGCCGGCUGCUCCAGCCCAUCCGCGCGACCGUCCCUUACCAGCUUCUGAGGGGCAACCAGCACAGCCCGACCCGCUCGCCGGCCGCCUCAGCCUCGGUCGGCAGCAACACGGGCCCGGGAGGGGGCCGAGGAGGGGGCGGCAACGGCGGCAGCCCGCCCCCGCCCAGCUCUACCCCGCCUCUGGCCCUGGGGGCCGCCGCCACCGCCUCUCCCACGGAGGCCGGGCGGGUCAAGGGGAGGCAGAGACACUCGCCCGACAGCUGCAGCAGCAGUAACGGCAGGCGGAGGAGCAUCUCACCUGAGAGAAGGAGCCCCAGCUCGCCCAUUUAUAGAGUGGACCGGCCCAAAGCCCAGCAGAUCAGAACCUCUAGCACCAUAAGACGAACUUCUUCUUUGGACACAAUAACAGGACCUUACCUCACAGGACAGUGGCCUCGAGAUCCCCACAUACAUUAUCCUUCAUGCAUGAAGGAUAAAUCUACUCAGACACCUAGCUGUUGGGCAGAAGAGAUAUUAGAAAAGAGAUCUCAUCAGCGUUCAGCUUCAUGGGGGAGCGCUGAUCAACUAAAAGAAAUUGCCAAAUUGAGGCAGCAGCUCCAGCGCAGUAAACAGAGUAGUCGUCACAAUAAAGAAAAAGAACGUCAGUCACCUCUCCAUGGCAACCACAUAGCAAUCAAUCAGACUCAGGCUUCUGUAUCAAGAUCAGUCCCUAUGCCACUGUCAAACGUUUCAGUGCCAAAAUCGACUGUUUCACGAGUGCCGUGCAAUGUAGAAGGAAUAAGCCCUGAAUUGGAAAAAGUGUUCAUCAGAGAGAACAGUGGAAAGGAAGAAGUGUCCAAGCCUUUGGAUAUUCCUGAUGGUCGAAGAGCACCCCUACCUGCUCAUUACCGUAGUAGCAGCACACGCAGCAUUGAUACGCAGACACCUUCUGUCCAAGAGCGCAGUAGCAGCUGCAGCAGCCAUUCCCCAUGUAUCUCUCCUUUUUGUCCUCCUGAAUCUCAGGAUGGAAGUCCUUGCUCCACUGAAGACACGCUGUAUGACCGAGACAAAGACAGUGGGAGUAGCUCACCGUUGCCCAAGUAUGCUUCGUCUCCUAAACCCAACAACAGCUACAUGUUCAAACGAGAGCCCCCAGAGGGAUGUGAGCGAGUGAAGGUCUUUGAGGAAAUGUCGACUCGUCAGCCUGUCUCAACCCCUCUCUUUUCAUGCCCUGACAAAAACAAGGUUAAUUUCAUCCCAACCGGAUCAGCUUUCUGUCCUGUAAAACUGCUGGGUCCUUUACUACCUGCUUCUGACCUGACACUGAAGAGCUCUCCAAACUCUGGUCAAAGCACAUCUCUGAGUACUCUGACUGUUGAGCAGCUUUCCUCUCGGGUCUCUUUCUCUUCUCUGUCAGAUGACACCAGCACAAUGGACUCUACUGAGGUCUUAGUACCACAGCCAUCCCAGCAGCCACCACAGCUUUUGCAGGAACUGCAGUCCGAAGAACACUCCUCUUCUCAAAACUAUGUGAUAAUCUAGAGUAAGGCAGAGUGUUUGUCACAACUGCAUGAGUGGCAUCUUUUUCAGAACAAAACCCAAGCUACUUAUCAGCAUCUUUCUAGAAUACAGUGCUGUUCUUGGCAGGGACAGAAAUGCUUUUCUUCAGCAUUUUUGUGUGCGUGUGUGAUGGGUGUGGCGGGGGGGGGGAGUUCAGAAUGCUUGCAGAAUCUGUGUAUCAUUAAGCAUUUUAAGUGGAGACUAUGCAUUUCAUAGAAUGUUUGACCAGAUUAGUACUGUGUCCUGUGUUCUGUUUCAAAUUCUACAGUAUAAAUAAGCUCUAUAUCAAACAAAGGUUGCCUGUCUAAAUAGAAUAUGUCUUGCUGUGUUGUGUUUUAUGGAAAAUACUGUACUUCAGGAUUAUGUUUACAAUUUAUCCAGGUAUUUAUGUUUUGAACUUCUGUAAUACCUUCAAUGCAAAAAAAAAAAAUGAAAAAAGAAAGAAA